AUGCCUUUGAGAUUGUGGAGGGAUUUGACACCUCUCGAGCAGCCUUUGAGGCAGCCAACGGCCGAAUCGCCUCAUAUAUUGGUCAUUGGUGGUGGAGUCACUGGACUUGUUACCUCUUGGGUACUUCUGGAUCAAGGUUAUCGCGUUACUGUGCUGAGCUCGGCUUGGGUCAACUCUGAAAAACGUCUGACUUCACAGAUAGCUGGUGCACUUUGGGAGUUCCCUCCGGCUGUCUGCGGAUCGCAUACCGAUGCCAUUUCACUAGCUCAUUCAAAGAGAUGGUGCAUGACCGCUUAUCAUGUUUGGGACGCAAUUGCGUCGAUCCCGGUCAUUGGCCAGGAGUCGGGAGUGCGGAUGAUGCCAUCGGACUUUUUCUUUCCCUGUCCUGUCGAAGAAGAUGACGCACAAUAUUCUAAAAUGAUGGAGAUCAUGGCAAGCGGUGUGAGAGGGUUCUAUAGAGGCGCCGACCUCAUUGACGAGAGAAGGGUCGACCCGUCAUACGGUGCCGUUGAUGCGUACGAGUUAUUGGCGCCCAUUAUUGAUACUGACAAGUCCAUGGAGUGGUUGACAGACCUCGUCCAUCGCAAGGGCGCGGAAUACGUAACAGAAACCAUCACCGAAGACUUGCUCGACAUCGAGGACGAUCUCCGCGCUAGAUUCGCCGCCGAUGUGGUCAUCAACUGCACGGGUCUGCAAGGAGAGCUUCUGGCGGGUGACAAGACCGUCUACCCUAUCCGAGGCGGCCUCAUCCGCGUCAUCAACGACGGGUCGGACUUCCCGAAGGUCGACGCGGCCCUAACCAUCACGGCUGAUGCGGUGCAUGAUGCCAACGAAAUUGUCUUUCUUGUGCCGAGAAAUGACAACAUUCUCCUGAUUGGAGGCAUCGCCGAGCCGCAGAAAAGGGACCUGGAUCUCACGUUAGACAGUCCCAUCAUACGGCGAAUGCGGGAGAGGUGCGAGUCCUUCUUGCCGAGUCUCAAAUCUGCACGCGUCGACCCGGAUUACCCGUUGGCCCAGGGUCUUCGGCCCUUCAGGGGCAACAAUGUGAGAGUCGAGCGUGAACUGCGCAGAGCCGGCAGUCGGAUUGUGCACUCUUAUGGUCAAGGAGGCGCGGGUUGGUCCCUGUCUUUUGGCUGCGCUCAGGAUGUCGCAUCGCUUGUGGAGGAGACGCUAAGAGGUGUCGCUCCCAGGUCAAUGAAGGAGAUGGAGGAGGAGCGCCGGGGAACGAGUGUCUGGAGCCCCGUGGAAAUCAGAGCCGCACUCUGA